GUCGCCGGGUCCCGCCACGCCGGGCUCCCGGCGCAGGACACCGCCAAGUCCGUUCCCUGCGGACGGCCCCGGACCGGCAGCCGCGCCGGGGAGAUGUCUGGAGGACGGAGGAGGGGCGGCGCCCCCUGGCACUCCUUCUCCCGGUUCUUCGCUCCCCGAAGCCCUUCCCGGGACAAGGAAGAGGACGAGGAGGAAAGGCCGGGGACGAGCCAGCCGCCCGCUCCAGGCCCCAGCGCCGCCAGUGUUGAAAAUGAGCCCAUGAGCACAAGUCAGAAAAAGGAAAAUGCACUUUCAUCAGAAGCAGUAAAGAUUCCUCAAAGUGAGCACAAAAGGAACCAUGCUGAGAAGCUAAUCGCUCUUCCAACUCAGGAAGAUUCCAGAAAGCCAAAUGACCUCUCCCGCUCCACUUCAGACACCAAAAUAGGAGAAAGUGAUAGACAGCCGAAGGAAAGCUUUUUUCAGUUUCUUGGUAACUUAUUCAAUAUCUCAGGAAAAUCAUCUCUUGGUGAUGCCAAACAGUCUUCUUUCAAGGAUGACCAUGACAAAACUGAGAAAGAUUUACAGAAUCCCAGUGACCAUCCUGAGGAGGGAGUCAAAAGGGAAAGGGAGAUUUUUGGUGGCUCCCUGGGCACCCAGAUGCUUCCAGCAGAGGAACCAGAGUCCAACUCAGCAGAGCCCUCAGAUUCCUUUUCUUUGGAUACAACACAAGACAGUGAACAGGAAACCAGUGAUUUACUAAAACAACUGGAUAGUAAACCAGAGAGGCCUUCAGUAACAUAUGCAACAUAUCGAGGCCCCAGACAAAUGAGGAAAUAUUUGAAGCACCAGACUUCAUUGGAAACUGUGAAUCCCUUGGACAGAGAAAAUGAAAGUUCUGACUCUAGUACAAGCAUCCAUUGUACAAGCGACAUUGAGGCUAGGAUGGUGUCGUCAUUGUCAUCAGCUAGUACAGACAUAUCUGUGAAAGGACAUUUGCUUGAAGGCCUGUUAGAAGACUCUGACUGUAGCAAAAUAAAUAUUAACACAAAAAGCCAUCUGACGGACCGUCCAGAAUUGCCCAAUACUGCUGCGUCUAUGAAUGUUUUAAAUAAAAAUGAUCCUGGGGGACCUGUGAGAAGUAGGUCAUCCCCUUCUUCUGUGACUAACUCCAGCUCCGCUGCCAGUGAAUCUGACUCACAACACCAUUUAAGCUGUUCACCAGUUUCUCAGACUGAUAGAAGUUUGGUAUGCUCAGCAUUGUUUACAGGAAGGAGCGGUAGCCGAGUUCCUUGCAGUCCAGAUUUUCAGGGGGUAACUAUGACAGAAACUACGAUAAAGAAAGACAGCUCAGUGAUGAGUGACGGGACAUGGGUGCAAAGAGAAGAACGUGUUGAGCAUGAGAGCCCUGCUGUUUCUGACUUCUCUUCUAGUAAACCUGAUGGGAGUGACACUACCAAACAGGACAGUGCAGAUUUGCUGAGUCCAAGUAAGUCCAUUAGGCAUGAAGAGCUGCAGUUGCCAGAAAGUAAGUGUUCUGACAAGCAAGCCAUUGAUAACUCAGCCAAGUGGGCUGACAGUCACACCAGCACCACAGCUCUUCAGAGACAUGCUGUGACAGACACAGAACCUAUAAGUGAAGGAGAUAUACUGUCUUCCCAAGACUCACAGAAAAAUUUGACUGCUACAGAAAUCAGACAAGAAAUAGAAGGCACCUUGGUUAGUGAAUCCACAGCUUCAAGUCACAUAAAAGCUCCAGAAUGUAGAAUUGAGCCAUUACCCAAAGAUACUGACCAGUUGUUUGUAACAGAAUCCAAAAGAUCCAGUUUUAGGCCACAUGGCAAAACGCCUCACAUGGUUGGAAUAAAUCAAAACAAUCCUGCCUCUGGAAAACACAUCAGCGAAUCAGUAGUUGUAGCGUGCUUAGAAAAUAGAAUAGCACCUGAACUGAAUUUUGAACCUAACAGAAAUCACAUUUCAGAAUCUCCUCUUGACGCGGAGAGUCUUCAAGAAGCCAAAGCAUCACUUGAUGUCAGAACACCUCAUAUCCUUGACUGUAAAAAAUCAGAUUUCAAUACUUCAUCUCCCACCUUUGUUUCCAGAGUUGGUAUGCCUAGCAAGUUAGAUAUUCCUGUUAUAAAGGAUGAGUGUUCGGUGCUCACUGAAACUGGGGAUAUCAGCAUUGUUGAUAUUUCCAGUCAGCCCAGUAAGUGUCAAGAAGAAAAUGUGGCAAAUCGUGUUGAGGCAGUAGAUGGGAAGAGUACUUCUGCUUGCCUUCAUCUGAAGCAUGUAUCUGCAACUCUUGAGUCCAAGGAAGUUUUUCCUAAAGGUGAAAAUUGCCAGGUUCCACUAGAUCUUAAAGCCAGAGACAUUCAUGUACCUGAAGUCGACUCAAGAUUGGAGUGUGAAAGCCUCUCUGAGGACAACAGUUCCAUUUCAUCUCAAGGCCCUGCUGAAGAAGAAUUGGUGCUUUCAAACACUAGAGCAAAUAAGAGCACUACAGAGAAGUCUGGUUCUCUUUCCUUGGAAGCCGAACCUGACAUUGCCAAAAUUUUAUCAAAGAUGGAAGUUGGUGGUCAGAACAGUGUUCCUGUGGAGUUGCAUUCUGUAAGGGAAAAAUCUAUAGCCUUCUCCAAGAUCACUGUUUCCCAAACAGAGCCCAGAGAUAUUUCUCAGGAUAAGAUUUCUUCUCCAUUUGAAGUUACAGAUGUUCCAGGAAAGCUUAUUUUAUCAGAAUUAACUUCCCUAGAGGUUGAACAGGACAAAAGUUUUCAAUCGAUGGGUCAUCAGGAGAUUAAAGAGCAAUAUUCAGCUGCUGGGCUUAAAGACCAUUGUCAAACUGAGGUUUCUCUUCCUGCCUCCAAAUAUCAAGGUAUGCCCGAAACAGAGGCAAAAGCCUUAGUUUAUCCCCCUGGUUUUCCCAAAGGUAGUGUAUCUGAGAUUUUACCUCCUGUUCAUGAUGAAAAAGUAACUAGGCAAAUGGCACAGAAUUAUGAAGCCAAUGCUUAUGUGAUUCAUCAACCUUCACAUAUUUGUGGGACUAGAAAGAUUUCUGGUUUCUCAGAAAUGGCAAAACUCAGCUUAACUACUGCUUCCCCACAAUUCCAAGAAACUGACAGCACAAAAGUAAAUUCACCUUUUCUGGAUUCUGAUAAAAGUUUGGGAAAAAAGGCUUUUGCAUCUGAGGAUUCACACUUUCACAAUGUUCCUGUGCUGACAUCAGAAAAGAAAGCCUUAUCUCACAGAAAUAAAGAGAAUACUCAUUCUCUAAGUGGUAGUAUUGAUAGCAUGUCCCCCUCUGGUAAUGCUGAAGAAAUUAGCAUGGUUUUAAGCUCACAUAAUCACCAAAACAAAUUCAGUUCUGUAAAAGUUACCAUAGAUGCCACACAUGAAGGUGCCUCUUUAACUAACCUGCUGCACCCUAAUAGGUCUUAUUUGGAAUUUGAAACAUCUGUCCCAACAGGGGCAGAAGUGACCCCUUUUCACGAACAUUUUGGGAAUCCUACUGGGAAGAUGUCUCUUGAUUUCCCAACUGCUGCCCAAUUUGACAAUCCCAUGGAAGCAGAGAUUGGAGCAGUUGCUGGGGCUCCAGCGUCAGUUAACAGCUCAAGCCAGCAGUGUUCUGAAGCCUCUGCUGAGCACACAAAAGCAAGGAGAAAAGCACAUGACCAACUUUUGGACCUCAGAAGUGGUUUACUUAAAAAGGCUGAUACAUUGAUUGGUGAAAUUUUUAUCUCUGUCAGGGAAGAAUUAAAAUCCAAACACAUAGUUGAUACCUGCCAGGAGCAUAUAGCCAUAGACGGCAUAAUGAAUCCAGGUACUCUGAAAGAAGACAUCCCUGAGAAAAACCUGUCAGAAGUGACACUGACAGGGAUCCAGCUAACAGAGCAUUUGGAAGAGCAGGGCAUGGAAAGCAGGUCAGAUGUCCGAGAAGAAAAGGUCUGUGUUUCACCUACAGCUGGUGAGAAGAGUCUCCUUUUUGAUUCUGAUAGAAUGAAUUUAUCUUGUUUGUUAGAAGAUCAGGCUAGGGAAUUAGUCAGUGAGAUUAUUUAUUCAGCCCAAGAAAAUCUGACAAGUGAUGCUUUUGAAGAUACUGAGGAUACCCGGGAUUCUGAACUUCAGGCUAAUACUUCAGAAAUUCUGAACAAUGAUAGUGUUAAGCCACAUGAUACAUUAAGGGAGUUCUUAGUGUCUGAACAGGCAGCAAAUCAAAGCACAUGUGAAAUUAGUGAGAAUAAAAUAUUAGGUAGAUUCUUCUCUGUAAGUAACUUAGUUAAGGACACAGAGUCAAUUAAAGGAAGAGAAAUUGUUCUCUACCAAAAAUCCCCACUUUCUGGAAAUGGAGCUGGACAGUCCGAUAGGAUAAAUUUGCAGGAAUCAGAUACUGUUUUACUAGCCGAAGACACACCCCGUAAAGGGUUAGAUGAUAAGGUAAAAACACAUUUAUUUUUCAAAGAGGACUCUAAAGAUAGAGUGGAAAUAGAGUGUGUGGAUAAUCACAAAACUGGAGCAGAGGAUACAAAAAGUCUUGUAUUAAAUUUCAAAUGGCCUCCAUUUGCAAAUGAUGACAUCCAUGUACCUGGGACAUCCAAGAGCAGUUUUUCUGAUAGUCUUGUGUGUAUAUCUGAAAAAAGCUUGUCAGGACAGAGUAAUAAAAACACACUCCUUACAAUGUCAGAAGUAGGGAAAGUACACAAAAAAGACACAGAAGUAAAUAUAGGAAAAAUGGAGCUUAGACCUUCGAUGUUAGAAUUGGGAAAAACAAACAAAAAAGAUGCUAAAUUGAAUAUUAUGAAAUAUGAGAAAGUCCCUCCUAUGUUAGAAAUGGGAAGAGCACAUAAAAAGGAUGCCGAAUUGAAUGUCACAAAAACUGAGCCAACAGCUGACAUUUUUAAAGUGAGAGAAGUAUACCAAGUGGAUGCUGAGAGGUAUAUUGGAAAAACUGAGGGAUUACCUGCCAUUUUAGGAAUGGAAAAAGCUUAUAAAAUGAGGGAUAUUGAAGGAAAUCUUGGCAAAACUGACCUGAUGCCUGUUAUUUCAGAAGUGAAAAAUACCUACCAAAAAGAUGCUGAGGUAAUUACUGGAAAGACCGAAGUGAUGCCUGCCACAUUAGAAAUGGAAAAUAUUUACCAGAAGGAUGCCGAAGGGGAUAUUGCAAAGACAGAGGUGAUACCUGUUGCAUUAGAAUUAGAAACUCUUUACCAAAAGCAUGCUGAAGGUGAUGUUGGCAAGACCGGGAUGACGUCGGUUGUGUCAGAAAUGGAAAAUGUCUACCAAAAAGACUUCGAGGGGGUUACUGAAAAGGCUGAAGUGAUCCCUGCCACGUUAGAAAUGGAAGAUAUUUACCCAGAGGAUGGUGAAGAGGAUAUUACAGAGACUGAGGUGAUACCUGUUACAUUAGAAAUGGAAGAUAUUUACCUAAGGGAUGCUGAAGAUGAUCUGGACAAAAGUGAGGUUAUGCCCAUUACGUUAGAAGUGGUAAAUAUCUAUGAAAAAGAUGCUGAGGGCAUCACUGAAAAGACUGGAAGGCCUGUGUUGGAAAUACCUUACCAGAAGGCUGCUGGAGGGGGUAUUGGGAAAACUGAAACGAUACCUUUAGUACCUGCCUUUUUAGCAGUGGAAAAAGCAUGUAAGACAGAGGAUGAAGAGCCAGUUGGAAUGAGUGUGUCGAUGCCCUCUCCAAGAGAAAUGGAAAGAAUAUCUCCAGAAGAUUCUGAUGAGACCGUCAGGAAACACAGAGUAUUAUCUACAAUGGCAAAUGUUAAGAAAAUCUAUGGAACAGGUUUGGAAUUUCCUGUUACACAAGCAGAGGCUGUGCCUCUCAUAUUUGAACCUGAAAAAACAUCCCAAGAGUCUGGUGGAGAGAGUAUUGGAGAAAUAGAGAAAGAGCCCCCUGAAAGAAAGGAAGGCCUGAUAGCGUGUGACAACAGACUUGCCUCCUAUUUCCGGGGAUAUGAAUCACCUACAUUAAGUAAGGAUUAUGAAGGCUACCCAGCUUUGGCAGUGCCGGAUUUUCAACCCGAGGGUACCAUAGGAAAGCUAGACAAAAGAAUAUCUGUUACUACAGUAGAUAACCAACUAAGAGAUUAUAAUUAUAGUGAUGAAAAAGAAGAAUCUAAUUUAGCCUUUGUUUCUCAGGAAGAACAAGAAAAUUCUUCCUUUACUAUAUUAUAUGAUGAGCCUCUUCAAGAUGAAGACAGGUGUGCUACCACAGAAGUAAGAACACACACUCUCCUAUUUGCCGAUACAUCUGCUAACAGCAUGCCUGUUGUCACAUGCGAGAGGUCUGAGAGCAGAACUGACCUUGUCCAUCAUUUUGAAGAGGACACUAAAUUAGGUGGGACAUUCGAUAGUGAUAGUUCAGAAGGGUUUUUAUCAGUGGAGGCCAAAAGGUACAAAAUUUACCCCUUAGCUUUGUCUCCCAUUUAUGAGGAUGACAGCUCUCAGGAGGACAUUCUGUCCAGCGAGGUCUCACCUGGUCACCAUGGCUCUAUAAAAUCAAGAGAGAGUGCAAGCCAGCCCUCUUCUGUUUUAUCCCUUCUCCAGUCAGUAUCAGAGCGUUUAAAGAUGAAUUUUGAUGAAGACAGACAGGGGGUAGAGGAAGAGGAAGAGGAGAAGGAGGGGGAGGAACCAUUGCAUAAAGGAAGCCUGAGGGCUAGAAGGAAGGAAACCAUUACUUUGAAGCUGUCAGAUCCUUCCAUCACAUUUUACCCUGAUAAUGACCAGGAAAGGACUGGAAUCUCUAAGAAUUCAUAUGUAAUGUCAAAUGAACCUACUACCUCCAACCUGCAAGUUGGUCUGUGGCCAGAAAAGACUUCAUUUCUACAAAAAUCUGACCUUACUUCUAAACUACAUUCUUCUUUAAAGAGUGCUUAUCAUCAGUAUUUGCAGACUUCCCACUCCUCAGACAAAGGAACCAGAUCUGUUGGGAUUUUUCAGGAACCAGUGUCAAAAUAUUUCCAUGCUCAGGACGUCUCAGGCAGAUUAAGCCCAUUCACAGAGAAUGUUGACAAACAGAUUCUGAGGUGUAACCCAAGACCUGGGAAGAUGGUUAUCUAUGAUCUCCAUGGAAGUAAAUACAAGCAAGAGAUCUACUGUAAUAUUCCCGAUGCUACAUCAUGGUCCUUUCCGAAUGGGGUACUGAUAAAAGUUGUGAGGGGCUGCUGGAUUUUAUAUGAGAAGCCACAUUUCCAGGGUCAGAAAUAUGUGUUGGAAGAGGGAGAAAAGGUGUUAAAUCGUGAUUGGAUCCUUCAGAACAGAAAACAUCCACCAGGAGACUUUGUAUUGGGUUCUAUCAAACGUGUCUUAAAGGAUUGCAGCAUUCCAGAGAUAGAACUUUGCCCACAGUCUGACCCAGCAUAUUGUCCUAUCCAUAUACAGAGAGCGGUCCCCAAUUUGGAAGAGCUGAAUAUCCCCAAAUCUGUGUCCUUCACUGUGAAAUCAGGAGUUUGGCUUGCCUACCCAGAUAUUAAUUUUAAGGGACAAGCUACAGUUUUGGAGGAAGACCAUGGGCUCUUUGAGAUUUCUGCAACAGAAAUGAAAUCAUUGCAUCCACUUCAAAUGGGUGGACUGAAAGUGGAAAUGCCUAUGAACUUAAAGGUUAUUAUUUAUGAAAAACCUCACUUCUGUGGACAAGCCAGAGAGUUUAGUGAACACAUAGAUUCUGUCCCUAAGUUCUUAAGAAAUAACGGGGAUUUUCUUGGAAUUGGAUCAAUUCGUGUCAUCGGUGGAGUAUGGGUUGCCUAUGAAAAAGAACAUUUUAAAGGCCAGCAAUUCUUGCUUGAAGAGGGAGAUCUUGAAGACAGCACUGCCUGUGGAGCAUUAAGUGGCCCCAUCUUGUCUUUCCGCUUCUUACAAGCUAAUUUUAUAGAAUCUUCUAUCACACUAUUUGAAUCUGACCUAGAAAGUGGGAAGUUUAUUGACAUUACAAAUCAGGAAAUUUCUGACUUAGAAGAAAUCGGCUUUGGCAGCGAAACCAGAUCCAUUCAUGUUAAAAGCGGCGUAUGGGUUGCCUACCAGCAGAAGUUCUUUUGUGGAGAACAGUACAUUUUAGAGAAAGGGAAAUACAAAUGCUUUUUUGACUGGGGAGCAUCAAAUAAUAUAAUCAUGUCCAUACGACCUAUUCAACUGGAACCACUUGGAAUAAAUGAGCCUCCCCAUUUGCUCAAAGCAUUCAGUAAACCAGGGUUCCAGGGUGAAUGUGUAGAUUUUACAGAAGAAAUUUCUGAUUUGACUUCAUUCAGGCCGUGUUCUUUUAAAGUUCUUCGGGGCUGCUGGCUCCUAUAUUAUCAAGAGGACGUUUCUGAUAAUCAGUGUGUAUUAGAAGAAGGCCUCUAUGCUGACCUUACUUCUUGUGGCUGCCCAACAUCUAGAGUUAAAUCCCUCAAGCCCAUUGACUAUGUUUUUGAAGAACCCUCCAUUAGCCUUUUUGCUCUGGAACACUGUGAAGGAAGAGAGUUACAUCUAGAAGAGGCUGUGAACUCUGUUCUGAACAAGGACCUGCACUUCUACACCCAGUCUGUAUGGGUAAAAAGUGGACUGUGGAUAGCUUAUGAAGGAUCUAAUUUCUUAGGAAAACAGAUCCUACUCGAGCCUAAUGAGAUCCCAAAUUGGACAGCAUUCAGCGGAUGGAAGACAAUUGGUUCCCUCCGUCCUAUGAAGCAGCCUGCAGUGUACAUCAGAAUAAAGAACCGGGCCCAGGACGAGUAUCUGACCGUCACCGGCAAUGUCGCUGACACAAGGGCAACAUCUGUGUGCAUUUCUCCCUACAGCGGCAAGACCACUCAGAUCUGGCACUACUGUCGAGGGCUCUUCAAGUCCAAGGCCAGUGAUACAUGCCUCGAUGUGAUUGGUGGUCGGGACAUACCUGGAGCUAAAGUGGCUCUAUGGACCGAACAUGGACAGUUCCGGCAGAAGUGGAGGCUGAACAGAAAUGGAACCAUCAGCUCCUAUCUCAGUGAUCAGCUUGUCCUUGAUGUUAAAGGAGGAAAUUAUUAUGACAAGACUCAUGUAAUUGUAAAUCAACCCCUGGAGGGAGAAGAAACACAGAAAUGGGACAUUGAAAUAUUGUGAGAAUCGGGAACAUCUCGAGAAAGCAAAGGAAGAAGGAACCUCACCUCCCAUGGUGAGGAAUCUCCUUUUCCUCGCGCUUCUCCAUUACUGAGCAGAAUGUUUUCUCCCAGGUUCCAAACAGUUGCUCUUAACCAUGGAAAGGCUCAGAGUAUUCUUGCUGGUGGUUCAGUGUUCCUAUGAAGAACACAAUGUGAUUUCUGCGAAAGGUUCUAUUCCUGCUUGAUGUCCAGUUUUGGUGAGCAGGCUUCCUUAAGUGUGUGUUUUCUCUCCUGUUAUCCUACUAGAUGGGUGUGUGAGUGCUGAGCACAGGGAAACAAAUUCCUUUAGGUCAAGUCAUACUUUUGCAAGAAUGUAACUUUUUUAGCAAUACCUGAAAAUGUAUUUAAUAAACCUUCCUAUUAAGCUGCUGUUUAGAUAAGCCUUAACGGUUCUUCUCUUUUGAAGCUUUUAUAACAGAAGCACCGUAAGUAUUCAUGCUUGUAACUGACCCCAGAGAAGGACCUCAGCUUUGUUAGGAAAAAGGCUCAAGUACUAGCAUAUUUUCUGUGGCUAAACUAAAAAAAAAAAAAAAA